ACCGACAGACGGAGCAGAGACCGAACCGGAGACUUCUUGGUGUACUACGUACUGCUACGUACAAGAACCGUCCUCCUGUGUAAUCAAUAAUUAUUGCUGUGAAUAAUAUCAGUUCUCAAGAGUUGUUUUUCCGUUACGCAGUUGUAUUUCUUGUGAAAAUAAGGUUCUCCAAGUGAAUACUUUAUAAAAUGUCCGCGUACGAUGUGAAUGUGAUCAUUAAGAGACUAUAUUACAAAAUUUAGGAGCCAUUUACACAUGGCGAGAAGUCACGUACUCUUUUUGUGUUUAUUGAAAUGAUUUGAAAAGUGUGAAUUAGACCUUUUUAUUGUUUCUAAAGAUUUCUGUGUGUUUUCAAAAUGGAUAGCAAGAAUAUCCAGAAAAAUGCGAUGCAUAAAAGUGCAGAAUUCACUUUCACUCCGCCACCAGAGGCUCCUGUGUUUGAGCCUACGCCUGAAGAAUUUGCGGAUCCCCUAGCUUAUAUUGCGAAAAUCCGCCCCGUUGCUGAAUUAACUGGAAUAUGUAAGAUAAAACCUCCGUCGCGAUGGCAGCCACCUUUCUCGUUAGACGUCGAUAAAUUAAAAUUUGUUCCACGAAUACAAAAGGUGAACGAAUUGGAAGCCAUCACAAGAUUGAAACUUUUAUUUCUGGAAAAGAUUCUUAAGUUCUGGGAACUACAAGGUUCUCCUCUGAAAAUCCCGAUGAUCGAAAAUAAGACGUUGGAUUUGUAUUGCUUAAAGUUUUGGGUGGAUGAAGAGGGUGGUUUCGAGAACUGUAACAGUCCUAAAAAAUGGCGUAAGAUUGCUAAUGCUAUGGGAUACAGUCAGAAUGCGAGCACAAUGAAUUUUCUUCGGAAUAAUUAUGAAAAAAUAUUGCUUCCUUACGAGAUUUUUGAGCAAAGCAAAGCAGAUAUAUUGAAAACUGUUAAAAAGACUGAACCCAAAUCUGAAAUUAAAUCUGAAAUCAAAACUGAAAGUAAAGAAGAAUCAGAUGGUCAAAUAACCAUGAUUUCAAUAGAUUCAAUAUCAAAAGUUGAAUUUGAAGAAAAACCUCACACAAGCAUAAAGAAAGCUAAAACAGGUUCAGACCUAAAACUUGAUCUGGAUGCUGUGAAGAACAAUAUGGAUGUGGAACAACUUAGGCGGAAUAGAGAAUUGAGAAGACUUGCUUGUUAUGGGCCUGGUCCAAAAAUGCCUGGACUAAAUGAUGAAGAAUUUGAUAUAACAAAGUCAAGAAAAAGGCCAAGAUAUGAUUUAGAUCCAUUGGCUAUUUACACUUGUGCUAUUUGUCAAAAAGAUAAUAGAGAUGACUUGCUUCUAAUCUGUAAUGGUUGCUCAGAUACCUAUCAUACUUUUUGUCUGAAACCUCCUCUAAAUGCAAUCCCAGAUGGAGAAUGGCGCUGUCCAUGCUGUAUAGCUGAAGAGGUUCACAAGCCAGCUGAAGCAUUUGGUUUUGCUCAAGCUGAGAGAGAAUACACUCUACAGCAGUUUGGAGAAAUGGCAGAUAAAUUUAAAUCUGAUUACUUUGGAAUGUCAGGACAUCAAGUUCUCACAAGUGUAGCAGAAAAAGAAUUCUGGAGAAUUAUAUCAUCAGUUGAAGAAGAUGUCACUGUGGAAUAUGGUGCGGACUUGCAUUCAAUGGACCAUGGUUCAGGCUUCCCUACUAAGUCAUCCCUAAAUUUAUAUCCAGGUGACCAAGAAUAUGUAGAUUCUGGAUGGAAUUUAAAUAACCUUCCAGUUCUCGAGGGUUCAGUUCUUAGAUUUAUUAAUGCUGAUAUAUCUGGAAUGACAGUUCCAUGGAUGUAUGUGGGUAUGUGCUUUUCUGCAUUUUGUUGGCACAAUGAAGACCAUUGGAGUUACUCCAUAAACUAUUUGCACUGGGGUGAAGCUAAAACCUGGUAUGGAGUCCCUGGAUGUGGGGCCGAACUUUUGGAAAAUGCUAUGAAGGCAGCAGCACCAGACCUUUUUAAAUCUCAACCUGACUUGCUUCAUCAAUUAGUCACAAUAAUGAACCCAAACAUACUGAUGGCAGCAGGUGUGCCUAUAUACAGAAUAGAUCAACAUGCAGGAGAAUUUGUUGUCACAUUUCCUAGAGCCUACCACGCUGGUUUCAACCAAGGGUACAACUUUGCUGAAGCUGUUAAUUUUGCUCCUCCAGAUUGGCUACAUAUUGGCAGAGAUUGUAUUACUCAUUACAAAAACCUAAAAAGAUUUUGUGUGUUUUCACAUGAUGAACUCAUUUGUAAAAUGGCUUUAGAGGGAGACCGUUUGGAUUUAGAGACAGCCAUAGAAACACAGAAAGAAUUGGUUCAUGCUACAGAAGAGGAAGGAAGCUUGAGAACACUAAUAUCUAAAAAGGGUUUGAAGAAUGUUAGAAGGACUGCAUUUGAGCUGCUUGGCGACGAUGAACGUCUGUGUGAAGUUUGUAAGACAACCUGUUUCUUGUCCUCAGUGUCAUGUGCUGAUUGUAAGAAUAUGGCCUGUUUGCAACAUGCCAGUGAAUUUUGCCAAUGCCCUUGGGAUAAAAAGACUCUAAAUUAUCGUUAUGAUAUGGAUGAACUAUUCAUUAUGUUGCAGACCAUUGACUUUAGAGUGAACAGCUUUGAUAAAUGGAUGAAAGAAGCAAAGAACAUCUUGCUUCCUACCGCACCCGAUAUUGGAAGAGUUCAGAAAUUGAAGGCAUUAGUAGAUGAGGCAGAUGAACUUAAAAUACCAAAGUGCACAUUGUUAACACAAGUUAAAGAUGAAUAUACAAAAGCUACCGAAAAUGUUGAGCCAAUUGUAAUAGAAUUAGAUGAUGAUUAAUUAUGUAAUUGUAAGUGUCGUUUAGUACAAAGUAUAUUAUACUUUAAUAAAGGUAAUGUUGAUCAUUAAGCUGAUUAGAUAUAAAGAAUUCAAUAACUUUAUGGUGUAGUGUUUUUGAAUAGGUAACUAUAGAAUUUAUGUUAGAUUUUCAAAACUAAGAAAAUAUUAUUAAUUGUUUAAUUAUUUCCAGUGUAAUGUAAAUAUAUUAAUCAUAAUAUACAGAAUGUAUAUUGGGAACUGAUUGUAGUUAAGGUAUUUGUGUGUUGUGGAAGUACUUUAAAUAAUUAAUAAGAUAUGAGUAGCAAACAUCCCACCGGAUUAUUGCGAGUAAUACUGUUUUCACUUGCACCAAUUUUAUAAUGUGAACUUAUCUUUUUUUUAAUGUGAUUGCGUGUGGCAGGUUUUCGGUAAUUAAGAUAUUGAUCUCGAUACAAAAAAAAUCUAAUCCUAUCUUGAGAUUUGGAAUUUCUUUUUGUUUAGAAAAUAUGUAGCAGAGAAAAACAAAAUAUUUGCGAAAAGCGAGCUUAGGGUUGUAAGUCUGUAGAGGAAUAUAAUACUGAGGAAUAAACUGAGAGUGGUCUCUCUUAACUUGCUAAUAAUAAUGUAGCUCCACUUAACUGUGGUAAAUGAAUUCUAUUAAUGUUUCUGAUAUAUAAGAUACAUAUUUAUAAGGCUAUGAAUCACACAACGUAACAUAGGGUUAUUAAAAUAGUUGUAUUGUAUUUUUCAAUUUCACGAGAACUUAGCCAGUAUUGAUAUAAUUUAUUAUAAUUAAUCUUAAGCUUAUCUUCCUCAAAUAAACUGAUUUGUGUAGGUAAUAUAAAUGAUAAACAAUCAUUCUUUAUUCUAUUAAAAAUUCAUAGAAUAUUGUCAUUGUUUGACUGACUGCAUGUUCGUAUUGUAGGUACCUAGGCUUUAGUUAUGGUAGGUAGUAUUAUGAAGAUUGUGAAAAUUGAGAAUAUUGAUAUUUUGGUGUAAUUAUUUUUUGAGUUAAUCUCUAGGUUCGCCUGUUUAGGAUUGAAAGUUGGGACUGUUCAAUACAAUAACGCACCUUCUAUGUUGUGGAACAAUGCUGUAUCUUUCUCCAGCCACCACCUACUUCAGGCGCACUUACAAGAUUUGACUUUCAUAUGUUUUGCAAGGAAUUCGUAAUCCGUAAUUUUGUCUAAUCCAUACGAAAACGAGUGUCGAACAAAUGUUAUGUUCUAAGAAAGUACUAUUUAUAAAGUUGGGGCGCUGAAACAAUCUUAGUAUUUGUAAACUUUGUAGUUUUAUAGAAUCUCUUGUAAUGAAGCUGUAAUAAUUUUCAACCAGAUUGUUUAGACGCCGCAGUCGCGGUAUAAAUAAAAAGAAAAAAAGCUCUGGUCUAGUCCCAUUUGCCCGAGUCAGCCAGUUGACAACCACUAUUGGUGGAUAUAGAUUAUAUUUUUUUAAUUUUAUAUUGAUUUAAUUACGGAAUUACGCUUUUCUUCCAGCAAGGCAAAGUUUUUUACAACGUGAUGUGUACUGUGAUUAAGUUUAUUUUUAUGUUACUGCCGACAGAAUAUGAAGACAAAUUGAUGAAGUUUGUAGAGUAUUAUUCCACGUAUAAAUGCGAAAUUGCGUGUUUAUUAAUAUAAUUAAAGUCGUAUGUCUUGA